CCAGGUGACUCUCAGUCAUGAAGACACUUGUCCUCCUCUCUGCCCUUGUCCUGCUGGCCUACCUGGUCCAGGCUGAUCCUUUCCCAGAAGCAACUGAGGAAACUAAAAAUGAGGAGCAGCCAGGGAUUGAGGACCACGAUGUGCCCAUCUUUUUUGGAGACCCAGAAGGCUCUGUUCUUCAAGAUGCAGCCAAAAUUUGGGAAAACGGCAUUUCCUUUGGACCUGACACUCCCCACAUUGGCAACCUCACUCAACAUGGGCAGAGGAACUAUGACAGCAAGAAAGAGUGA